UUCGGUGCUCGACGGAGGGAUGUUGCAUCGCGCGUGUUCUCAUCUCACGGACGGGAAUUUGAAAAAAGAAUAAAAUGCCAUAGUUUGAAAGUGGUGCAGCGCGGUUUGAAACUUAACGUUCCGAUGCAUUCGCGGCUGGCGACGUCGGAACUAACGUAGUGCCCUGUGUUUAGGUUAAGUUUAAGUGUGUUUGGAUUUUAAAAAUGACUGAUUGCGCUUAUAUUUUUGUCGUAUUUGAAUACAAAUAGUUAGAAAUAGUGGUCGUACGUGUAGGUCGGUUACGUGAUCGCGUGGUGGUUUGAUUGCAGUGUCCGCCGCGUUCUCAUUCAAGUGCCAGUAUAACCUUGACACGUUUUCCCGCGCUAGAACCCCAACCUUGUUUUCAGUUGCACUCUCUCUUGACAUUUACCGCAAAAGCGGGUUCUUUGCUAAUUAGCAACACCGAGUGAAUACUUCUUUGGGGUGUAAUUAUGAAAUUAAACAGUCUUCUCUUUAAUUAGGCUUCGAGUAGUUUAGUCAUGAUGAGUGAAGUUAAAAACGAUUUAGAAAUGUUCGUAGUAUAAAAAUAUAUUUCAAGAUAACAAUUAUCGUAGAAUUUAUGAUAAAGUUCGUAAUAAUGGAACCCUUGUGACCGCUUGAGUGAGGAGUGAGCCAGCGUCUUCAAAAUGAGAAUUUCAAAAGGUUUCAGCAACAUUGCUCUGGGCCUCGGAAUUAUCAUUGCAACGCUUCUCAACCUCACAUACUGCGAUAUUAUUAUCGUCACCGAUGCGCCGAAGACCAAAGAAAUAUUACCAAAAUACAGUAUUUACCAAAGAGAUAGUCCCAAAGACAUACCUGAACCUGAACUGCUGCCUGUAUUACAUGGAAAUGAUACGAGAUGCCGUAUUUCCGAGUAUUUGUGUACGAAUAAAAAGUGUAUUCCGAUAAAUCGAUAUUGUGAUGGCAGUAACGAUUGUGGCGACUCGUCUGAUGAGCCGAGACAUUGUACACGAUGCAACAAGACCUAUUACGGAGAUAUCGGCAGGACAUAUGAGCUGGAACUGCAUCGACCGCGCGAAGACCUGGUGCCUUACGUCUGUCUCCUCACCAUCACUGCCGCUGGAGGAAUACAUGGAGAUUUGGUUCAGGUCCUCUUCGACAGCUUCACCCUGGGUCGCUUCACCUCUUUCACCGAAGACGGCUGUCCUGACGGCUACAUGCAGAUCCAAGAAGCCAGCAGACCACAAGUCGGGGGCUCCUGGUGUGGCACUUCCUGGGGCCCUUCGAUAUACUACAGCGAAACAAAAUCCAUCACCCUUAUCAUACGGCUUCUACAUCUCUCUAAAGAACAAAAUAACUAUAACUUCGACUUCAGAAUGGCUUACAAGGUUUUGAGGAGGGAAUAUGCUACAGUGCGAUAUGGAGGGACCCCUCCUUCGGAACGGCCUUUUUUCAAACUGAGACCAAUGCCUUAUCCCGUAAACAUAUCACGCGGCGAAGAUACGAAUGUAGCGAAGACGACAAAAACUCCCGAGUAUUACCUUGGGGAUUUGAUCUCCGGAACUUAUUGCUCACGGAUAUUCAGCGACUGUGAUCGUAAAAACUGUAGAUUACAAUCACCAAAUUUUCCUGGCGUAUACCCUAGGAAUUUGACAUGUUACUACGCCGUUCGACAACAUGAAGUGCCUCAAGGAAAACACGCUCUAAUAGUUGUUAAACAGCCGAACGGCCAACUAGUUUCAAUUAGGAGCCAGAAAGCAUUAUAUGCAGCUCAACAAGAAAGAGGCAACAAUGGACGGGAGCUGAAAUUUUGGCAACAAUGUGACGAAGUUCAAGACUAUGUGACAGUGUACGACGGCUAUACAACAAGAGACCCCGUCAUUUUGAGAUUUUGUGGAGGAGGCGUUUCCGUUCCCGAGGCUAUAUCGAGUGGCCCUGAAUUGUUAGUGGAGUUCACGACGUCCCCCUUUGGUACAUUUUUACAACCAGUAACGUCGCAAUCAUUACAUGGAUUUCAACUCGAAGUCGAGGUCAGGUUCGUGGAUCAACAGUCGCCGACAUACGCCAAGAACAAAAGGGCUUGCGAGUUUUGGAUAAGGGGAACAGGCCGAGGGAUUUUGGAACACCCGCAACAUUCCUUACCUCCGAAUACCACAUGCCUUUAUCACAUGCAAGGCAUAGACACCUCGGGGCCGUCGGGCCGGAACAUAAUUUACAGGAGACCGUCGUUUUCAGCGCCACGAUUCAGAGUGUGGUUUUCAGUAUUGAAAUUUUAUGUGACAAACGCUCUGAAUCCUAACUUGCCUGAGGAUGAGUACUGUGGAAGCCAUUUGAAUAUAUGGGAUGGUCCGAUGAGAAUAUCGCCCGGUUGCAGCGAUAUUUUUUGUGACAAAGAGCGAUCAGUGCAAAUGUCCAGAGCAACAUCUCCUCAAUCAGUGAUAGUCGGUCGUCCACCUACAAAUGCUACUCUAGUCGCCAGAUUUUGUCGUGAACGUGCUCCCAGGACCUGUGAACAUGCAUUGCUACGAAGGUCAAGAGCCUGCGCAAAAACUGAGAGUUUCCUUUCAAAAGGAGACUCGUUGACUUUGGAACUAAAGCUGACGCAGGGGACCGCAUUGAAGCCAGUAUAUUUCAAAGCACUCUACGAAUUUGUGGAUCUACAUCAAGAUGGUGAACCAUGGGGCCGAGGAUCUUGUUCAAGACGUUUCGCUUCACGAUCAUUCCCAGAAGCUCCUCCAGAUCCUCCGAUAACAUUUUCAUCACCAAGGGACGUGUUCUUGUAUGGCAGAGGAGGCAAUCGUAAUAUAAGUUGCACCUACCGUUUUGAAGCCAACCCUGGUGAAGUGAUAAGAGUUCGAGUAUGGGGCAUUCGCAGUGGUGGUCGGUUAUGCAGGUCCGUUCACUCCGCUCACUCGCCGUGGUACCGCUGUGCUGGUGAUAUUACUGCAGCCGUCAGGAUCUUCGACAAACCUUGGAAGGACGCUGGCUCGAGGAUACCUAGAGACUGUUUGUGCAGUGACGUUGGAGACUAUGAAUUCACAUCCCUCGCCACAGUUGCCGAAUUGAGAUUUGACGUGGUUAACAUGUCUGCUUCUGACGAUUUUCGAUCAUUUGGUUUCGAAGCAUCUGUAGAGUUCAUCAGGUUGGAAGCUGGAUGUGAAACCUCGCAUCGAGUGUAUGGUGCUAGUGGAGAAAUGAGACUUUCGUCUUCUAAUCCUAUGUCUGAAUCGGAACGCUGUGAACGUCGUCCAUGGUUGAUCGACCCCUCUCCCGGCCGUUACCUCUACCUCCAAAUUCGUGGCAGCAUCAUCAGAGAGCCCGAACUGGACAACUUUACUCUCCUCAACAAUAUUACCGUGGCCCCAGACAUGAGACAUCUCUGUAGGACUCCAAACAGAAUAGCAGUGUAUACUGGGGGUCUUAUACCCACGUUUAUUUGUCCUGAACCACCAGAAGAACAGAUGGAUGACAUGGUAGAAGUCUUCUCCGACGGCUGGUCCAGGGAAGUGGAUCCCCUGGCUCGCCACGUGUUCGCGUCUCCUUCAGCCUCCGAUCAUUUCGACCUGGACUGGCCGAGGGCGUUAAGUGUAGAACUCAUUGCUGUAGAACCUGCUUCCUAUUAUGUUACGUGGUUGGAACUUUCUAGAAGACACGCAAGUUCCCACGGCGGCGUAUUCGCGCUCUCCGGUGAGUGCGAGUACCGCUGUGCGUCUCUCGACGCGUGCAUCGCGCCCGCGCUGUGGUGCGAGCCGCGCGCGCGGGACGAGCGACUCGCGCACUGUUCUGCGUUGCUGCGAGUUCCCGCGCAUUACGCUGUUGCGUUCCUUGCGCUUACUGUGCUCGCGGCUUUUGCUGUGAUAGCCGCAGCGCGCUCCUGCCGGCGGCGCCGCUCCGCACUACAACAGCGGCUCAAGAGCCUCUCCUCAGACACCGCCAUCUUUGAUGAAAAAGAAGUGAUUUGCUGACCAAGCGAGGACUCUGUGCGAUAUGUGGAAAUCGAUCGCGUCACCACUGUGUGACUGAUUUCCCGCGCAGAGUCCAACAAAUACUUUAUACUUUCGUGGGUAACCACUCCCAAAGGUAGCCAUGUAGUAAGAUAUGUUUGACCGAUUCCUCUAAGUAGUGGGUCAAUUGUUGGUUGAUUGAGGGUAUAGCAUAAAGAAUAUUUGAAUUGAAAUUUUGUGGACACACAAAAUAAUUGUUAAGACCUCAUAGAAAGUUGUACGAUAAUUAUUUGCGAACGAUGUCUAUGAGAAUAAUGUAAAUAAAUGUGAUUAUUGAUAAAGUAGAUAAUGUUAGUGCGAAUAUAAAUUUUGGACCAAGUGCUGUCGAUCGGUGGCCAAGAGUUGGCGUGACUCGGAGGCGGGUCGAUGAUAUAAAUGAGUUGUUUGAUGGUUCUGACUUAAUUAAUGAUAAUGUUUGAAGUGGUGGUUAAGUUUGGGUUGAUUGGUUUCAUUGUGGGCUUCCUUUUGUCUAAACAGAUCCGACUUUAAGUUUGAAAGCAAAA